AUGGGGGAUACGAGCCCAGAUGAUGAUUCAAGCAACGAGUCGACGUCAAAUGAUCCGUUGGACUUCGCCUCUUUGCUUACUGCAUUUAUCAACAAUGGCAGUCAACUCUUGAAUGGGAAUAGGACCAAAGGAGAAGCGAAGCUGAAUAGGAAACGAUGUGCGGGUUCACAUGAAGGUACUAGCGCUAAACGUCGAAAUGGAUAUCACGAAAACACCCAUCUAGAGGUGAUUAAUGAUGAAAUGUCUGUUUACGAUCCACAGUUGUUUUUUGAAAAUGGUGAAGAUGUAGCGUGCGCUAGUGGUUUAGUGGAUAGCAAAGCGAAAAAUAAGGUUAUGUGCGUGGAAGCCAUUCUCCGUAGAGAACCAGGCGAUUCCAUCAUCCGUGAUGAAGAUCGUGAUGAUUCUGAGCCACGAACUCCAGUACCUGAGGGACUUCAGGAUAUGAAGAUGGACAAUGAUGAGGUUACAGCAAUGAUUAGAGAAGCCAUUCUUCGUAGAGAACCAGGCGACUCCAUCAUCCGUGAUGAAGAUCGUGAUGAUUCUGAGCCACGAACUCCAGUACCUGAGGGACUUCAAGUAGAUGACAGAACUUGUCAUCUAUGCUGGGAAGAGAGC